UACCCCAACUCUCGUGGUGGCCAUUCGGACAUGACGACAGAUAUGAUCAACGUGUUCCGGUACAAAUCCAUCCCGAAUGUCCCUUGGAUAUGGUCUACCCUCUACGCCGGCGAUUGUCUCUUUGUUCCUGCUGGCUAUCUUCAUCAAGUCCGCUCUUACGGCCGCAGUGUUUCUGUGACGCUCGAGUUCGCCCCCCUUUCCUCCUUCGAUGACACGGGUUGUAUGUUGAUGGAGGAAGAGUUUGUUCCCCUUUCUGACGCACUUUACUAUUUGGCUUUUGAGGAGGGAGAACUGCGGCUCAGUGAAACAGAAAUGGACGCGGAGCAGUUGCGAUCUUUGCUGCUGGUGCUCAUGGGAAGAGAUGACGUCAUCUCAGAGAACAAGUUCUCACAUUUCUACCAUGAAGUUCUCGGAACGGGCAAGGAAAUCACCACAGGUUCGGACGUCUUCGCCUACAUGACGUCAGGAGAGGGGGAGUCUCAGUUAACACGUAAAGACGUCAACUCUAUGUCUGCCCAAGUCCUGCUGGAAGUCGCCACUGCCUUCAACGAGGGUUACAUCAAUAGAAAGAAGGCCAGGGAAGCUCAGGCGAAGAUGCCACGGACCAAGAUACACAGGGGCCUGAAGGAGGAAUUUUAAUCUCGGUAUUAGGUAGACUAACACUCGUAUUUGUAAAGUGACCAAACAGAUUUCAUCCUUAGUUUUAGAUAAGUAACACCCAUCCUUAGAUCGCAAAGUGACAAAAUUUUUCGGAAGCGUAGCUUACGGUAGUAAGAAAAAUUAAUAUCCCAUUCUUUAGAACGUGUUAGUUUCUAAAGACUGGCGUCAUCAGUCUCUUUGCCACUAUCAUUGUUGCCAUUUGGAUCAUAGUUAGGCUCUCUCUCUCUUUCUUUCUCUCAUUCUCUCUCUCUCUCUCUCUCUCUCU